GAAAUUUUCCGUCAUAGAGGGAAAAUUUCCUGACUUUUCCGUCUUUUUGUCCUUGGUGAAUCGCCAUUUUUAUUUUCUGCUGUUUUUUUUACGAAAAAAAAAGAAAAGCCAGGAAGGAUGGCUGAAUAUUUGGCAUCGAUUUUCGGUACCGAAAAGGAUAAAGUAAAUUGUUCCUUUUACUUUAAAAUUGGAGCUUGCCGUCAUGGCGAUCGAUGCUCACGAAUUCACAACAAACCAACAUUCAGUCAGACAUGUUUACUGCAAAAUUUGUACGUGAAUCCACAAAAUUCGGCAAAAAGUGCCGAUGGUUCUCAUUUGGUAUCAAAUGUUUCUGAUGAAGAAAUGCAGGAACAUUAUGACAAUUUUUUCGAAGACGUUUUCCUUGAAUGCGAAGAAAAAUAUGGAGAAAUUGAGGAAAUGAAUGUUUGCGAUAAUCUCGGCGAUCAUCUCGUUGGUAAUGUUUAUAUCAAAUUUCGAAGAGAAGAGGACGCUGAAAAGGCUGUUAAUGAUUUGAAUAAUCGUUGGUUUGGUGGACGACCUGUUUAUGCAGAACUUUCGCCAGUUACCGAUUUUCGAGAAGCUUGUUGCCGUCAAUACGAAAUGGGAGAAUGCACAAGAUCGGGAUUCUGUAAUUUCAUGCACAUUAAACCAAUUUCAAGGGAAUUGCGACGUUAUAUUUAUAGUCGAAAGAAGAGCAGUGGUAGCAGCAAAAGAUCACGAUCAAGAUCAAAAUCACGUGGACGCAGUGAUCGUAGACGUAGAUCUCGUUCUCGAGGUAAAUCCAGGUCACGGGAACGUCGUCGAUCAGGAAGAUAUUGAAUCUUUUUCUCAAAAAAUUUUUUUUUCUUUUAAUUAAAUUUUGUUUGCCAAAUAUUUACAUUUAUAUAUGAUACAAAAUCUUUGAAAAAAAGGCAACUUUUUUUUUUAUUCUUCACACAAUAAAUUUUGUUCAAUUUUUAUAGUGCAAAAAAGAGAAAUAUAUUCUAUAUUUCCAAAAAUUAUGAAUCAUAAUAUUCACUAUGUUUUUCUUGUAGAAAAUGCUUUAAAAAAAAUAAAUUAAAUCACACAUUCUUGUAGAUUUUGUCAUAGGAAA